UUUCCCUGUUAGAACUUCAUUGUCAUACGUUGACAUUUUGAUUUGAUCGAUUUACGCAAAAAGCACAUUUUGCAUUUCGUUAGAACUUAAGAGAUUCCAAAAGUGAGACGAUAUAUUUCGAAAAUUGGAGGAAGGUGAGCGGCGACAAAAUUGGAUGUACAAAAAUGAAUCCAAAGCAAGACGUUGUGACAAUGCAAGAGCGCAAAAUGCAGUCGAUCAGUCCGCAAACAUCAUCACUAGAUCUUUUUUUGAACACUUCAAAUACGUCAAAUAGUGCUUUGAAGGAGUUGAUAAAACGGAAGGCUGAAGUUACCGAAGCACUGAAUGAUUUGGAACUACAGAUUUAUCAAUUAGAAGGAACAUACUUGGCAACAACACCAUUUGGUAACAUAAUUCAUGGCUGGGAUCGGGAUGGGGACAGAAAUUUCCAAAAUGGUCAGGUUAAAGUCAGGGAAGCUGACCGGUUGUUUUCAAAGUCAUCGGUGACAUCAGCUGCAGCUGUUAACAGUCAAUUCAUCGAUAUGCUACCGAGAUCAUACGUCGAACCUGAAGUUAUCGUUGACGAAGACGCAAGAAUUAAUCGCCACGAUGUGCUGAGGAUUACUUCUAAUCAAAAUAUCAAAGUUGACUAUAACGUUAGUAAGCCGUCGACGAAUCGAAAAUUCAUAGGAAUCGAUGAUUCAAAAGCAAUUAUUGACGUAGUCGAUCGACCGAAAACUCCGCAGACAGAACUGUUACAACGCGCAACAGUGGUUCUGGAAACGAAAAUUUCCAUUUGAAGGCAAUUCGUUAAAACGUGCACAAUUAUGCACAGAGCGAAUGCCAAGUAUCAGACGUUUGCUCAAUUCCAUAAUGGAAGCAAUGAAUUACAUUUUCGACCUAAAGCCUGACGCAUGUCCAAUCAGAGACAAAUAAAAUGAAAUCGUCUUCUUAACGACUUGGUCAUUGUUUGAAUCAAACAUCCUCGCCCCACUGGAAUUGAAACUAUGUGUAUAUGUCGGUUAUCUGACGUCGUGAAUGAAAAUACAAGUAAACAUUGAAGUUCGAACC